AUGCUACCGUUCAACCCCCUGAUCAAAAAGGCCUACUUUGGCCUUGCAGGGGCUGGCGCCUUGUAUGCCGCCCUCAUGCUCUGCUUGACCAAUGUUACCAUUCAGCGGAACGCACUCUACGCCAACAAGAUAGUCGGCGCCUGGUGGGCCGACGUGGACAAGCCGCAAGCGUACGGCUUUGCAAAGAACCAAGUCACCGCUUUCAACCUUACAACUCUGGACAAUGAGCUCCUCUACGCAUGGCACGUGCUCCCUCUCAACGUGUACGAGAAGCACGAAUCCGAGCUUUUGGAGCAGCCCUCAGGCUCUCCUGAUGGCGACUUCACGCAAACCAAAGCCUUUGAGCUCCUGGCAAACGACCCUGAUGCUCGCCUUGUCAUCAACUUCCAUGGCAACGCCGGCCACGUAGCCCAAGGCUGGCGCACCGACACCUACCGCGCCCUCACCUCCCAGCCCAACACGCACCUCGUCACCGUCGACUACCGCGGCUUCGGCCGCUCGACCGGCACGCCCACCGAAGCCGGUCUGAUCGCCGACGGCGUCGCACUGGCGACCUACGCCCUCGAAACCCUCCGCAUCCCCUCCUCCCGCAUCGUCAUCGUCGGGCAAUCCCUCGGCACCGCCGUCGCCAGCGCCGUCGGCCUGCACUUCGCCGACCCAUCCGCCUCCCUCUCCCUCCUCCCCAACGGCACCGCCAGCACCGCCAGCCCUCCCCACGCGGCCCUCUCCCACCACUACCAGCAGCACAACCCGCGCGUCGACUUCGCCGCCAUCCUCCUCAUCGCCCCCUUCACCUCCCUCCCCACCCUCCUCGAAACCUACCGCAUCUUCGGCCUCGUCCCCGUCCUCUCCCCCGUCCGCGGCUACCCGCGCUUCUCCAACUACCUGCGCGCCGCCAUCGUCGACACCUGGCCCACCGCCUCGCGCAUCGGCGCCCUCGUCGGCACCGUAGCCGCUUCCGACACCACCACCAAGCGCACCCUCCGCCUGCACGUCAUCCACGCCAAGGACGACUUCGACAUCCCCUGGACCCACGGCCAGGCGCUGUACGAGGCCGCGAGCGCCGCCGUCGUCAACCAGACCUCGAGCACCGCCGGCGGCGAAGAAGCCAAGAUCGAGGACGUCGUCGUGCAAGCUGAUGGCGAGCGGACGGCACGGUUGCGGCGCACGGCGAUGAAGACCAAGACUGCUGGUGGUGGUGGUGGUGGUGGUGGUGAUUAUGCUAGAGUCGACGUGCGCAUGGACCUGGUGCCUUUUGGUGGGCACAACCGCGUCGUCACUUUCGCGCCGGUGGCCUUGGCCGUGCGGAGGGCGUUUGAUGCUGCUGCCGCUGCUGGUGCUGCUUGA